GUUUCCACAGAAACCCUGUCGAUCACAGCACGCGCCUCCCAGCCAAGAAAGUAUCUUAUUGCACAAAUUGCUUUCAAUCCGGUCGCAUUCCGGAUGUCCUGACCGAACAGGCUAGAAAGCAAAGAGACAACGACGAAAGACAUAAGGCGCGCUAUCGGAAGAACACAAAAAUGGCGUUUCUAAUCAAUCGUGUUACCCCAGAGCCAGUGCCACCCUCAGCAGACGAAGAGGGAACCGAGUUAUCAGACUCGCUUGGCUCCAUGAAAGAAAAGGGUUGUCUAAUCAAUAACAAUGAGAAGGAUUCUUCUGAGACAACUGAUCAUGGUGGUGCUAAUGAAUGUCAAGAGGGCCUUGACGGCCUUCCCGAAGCCGAUGUAAUAAAAAAUGGUACGAAUAGGUUACAAAAUGAAAGGAGAAGCUGUUCGCCUCAUUCUAAAAGACUUGACUUAUGGAAUCUGGAGGAAAAUUUGUCCUCACGGCGAUCUUCCGCCUGCGAUCGCGUUCUUUUGUUGACUAUGUGUCUCAUGUCGGCAGCCGCACUGAUGCUCACCUUGUUGAUGAUGUUUGGAGUGGUUGGACCAAUGCAAUGUUCCUGCUCUGGGAAAACAGGUAAUAUUUCUUACCAUGUUCAUUCAUAUUAUGGUUAUUUUUUUUUCGUAAUCAUUAUCAAUAUUUUCAGUCAUGAUUUAAAAUCGAAUUGGUGGGGAAAUAUUCAAGAAUUUCCGGCCAGUUUUCCUACUCUUUAUAUCACGGACCUCGUAGGUUUCGAUGCUUGAAAUUUAUAGAUAUCUUUGCUAAAAGGCAAACCAUACAUAGCUCAUCGGCCGUUGCGUGCUCAAAAAUGUCCUCUCUUACUUGUGGGAAUAGAUUAGUUGAUGCCGCAGCUAACGAUUUUGAAAUUGCUUUAUUAGGUAUUGAAUCUUAUUGUUGUUUGGACAUGACACACGUUAAAGACAACACCGUUAAUGAAUUUGCUCACGCAAGAAAAAUAACCCAUUUGGUUUGCCCAACAUUGUACAUAGUCCAACUAAAUCUUGUUUUGACGUAUUUCCGGUGUUUGAAACGUUCACUACGCAGAUGCUUAUGGGCUUUGGGUGAAGUUGAAUUCAAAGAAUACCGUCACUUGCGGAGGACAUUUGUUUAUAAAAAUUCUGACAGCUAUUUUUAGACUCAAAGGAAAACAUGAAGAACUUUCUGCACAACAGCAUAAGAACAUCGAAUUGAAGAUACCCUUAUCAGAGGUUUUUGAAGCGAGUAUAAGUUCAAUCCAAGUGUCUUAAACCUGGUUUUUGAUGUCGUAUGUUAAAAAAACAAAAAAAAAACAAAAACAAAAAAACGAUGGAAAACAGAGCUUGAAAAUCUGUUGACCCUUUUGUCCUCGUCAGAUCAUUAAAGGAUUUGUCGAGAAACGUUAUAUGAUUUAGCUAUAGAUUAAAGAUGUCAGAAAAUGAAAUGUUCUGAGAGAAAAGAAAAAAAACAAAGCAAAACCUUUCGUACACUCGGAAAGAGGCAAUUGGAAGAACAGAAAGAAAGUGAUAGGGUUUCGAUCAUUGGGACACGGGAUUGCGUGAUUACAUGGCUUAGGAGUAUUCAAACACUUUAGGUCAAUCAAAUACAGACUGAGCACUUUAUUUGUAUUUAAAAUUUCGAUGGUAUCAACUGAGUCUGAACAUCUGAUAACACCAUUAUCCACUUUUUCUUUCGUAAGUUUUACGAAAAGUUGUCGUCAGUAAACACCAUUACCCUAACUUAUAAGCAAUCAUCUCCGCGGCCAUUUGGAGCGUAAACAAAAUAGCUUUCCAUACAUUCCAUGAAUAUCUCAUUUCCACAGCAACUAAAGACGACGAUAAUUACAAAGUCUGCGUCUUUUCUUCGCUUUUCUCUUUCUCAUUAACAAUGAAUUGUAUAGACUCAGGAUACUUGUGCAAGCGUUAUUACAGUUCCACAAACAACCUCAAACUAGUUUUUUUUGUAAAGAAAAACAAUUAGGGGGCAUUUCAAAUUUUAAGUCAGUUAUAUUUCAUAAAAUGAAACAUUGACAAAAAAUGUAGCAAUUUAAGUAUGGAAUAGCUGUCGAAACAAGUGCUCUAUCCAAUCGAGUUUCCCAGAAGGCUCUUUUAUAAGAUUAGUAAAGACGUAUUUUUAUGAAGGUAUUAACCCCGGAGCUGCCUACUUAAAAGCUAUUGAGCAAUAUCCAAAAUGAUAUGUUCUUCUAGUAUAUUUGCGUUACCCACGAAUGAUUCAAGUGUCGUUCUGUCAUCUUAUUUCAAGGAUGGAGUGAAUAUAAGGUCAAAAGGAUCGUGAAUGCUUUAAUUUCUGACUUUCAAAGAAUCACCCCUCCAACGAACAAUAUCACGUUUUGCAAAUUUAGCGAAAGGCCUUACGACCUCAUUAUCUACACUUUUGCAUUAAAUAAUGUUCUAGAUUUUCCAUGUUUGACGCUUGGGUAAAGUUAGCGAUAUCCAUGUCAAAAACGACGGCUAGAGCUUUGAAAUAUCACACAAGAAAAACAAAGGGUUAUGACUUAAGGUUUGCGCCUGUUAAAUCCAUUCUAGCUUAAUCUCUCCCGGCCCGUCUUUAAAGUGGACAAAGACUUCAUUACGCUGAGAAAUGUUAUCUUAACACAAAAUGUGUAAUGUGGAAAAAAAAAAAAAAAAAAGAACGCUUGGAGGAGGAGAAGCGGAAAUGUCAGCAACGGCAAAGCAGAGAGGGUGCCAGCUCUCAGCCUGGCUCACAUACGGCAAUCCCGUGUCCGCAUGAUGUAGACAUACUGUUUCGAGCGAGGAUCAACCAUCUUCGCACUCACAUCACCCCGUGAUCAAAAUCAUCGUCAUCUCCGCCUGCGUAAGGAGAACCUCACCAUCAUCGUUCCUAUCUGAACGUAGUAUAUAAUUAGUGCUAACAGAAAGUUUAAUUUGGACAUUGCAGCUUUGGAUUAGCGAAAUAGAUUAGUCUACGCGGGGCGAUUUAUUCACUUCGAGUUGUCGAUAUCCUUUACAGUAUCCAUUUACAAACAGGCCUGGAUCAUAAAAAAAAAGCCAACAUGAGGGUUAUAUCAGUCAAAAUAUCUCCGAAUGUGUUCUUACGUUAAAACCGUGCCUCAGCUUAUUAUAUAUUGUCAUCAAUUGUCUCUUUGACUGAAAUAGCAACAUACUUCGAAAGUGAUAGAAAAUGUGCUGAUUAACCGGCCAAAACGUGUCCGUGCACAUUCCACAAUCGAUCAGCUUCAAGUACUCUAGUUUCUUUUAAUUUUAUGCCUCAAAAAUUAACUGAAUGCAGCAUUUAAUUAAUAGUCCAAGAUAUUUUUUCCACGAGAUUUUUCGAGGGCUAAUGAUUUUUUUUUUUUUUUUUUUUUUAAAAUUGUGUUACACCAUUUAAUUCAACAAUUAGAGUAUAGAAAAUGAACAAUUUUCCUCUGGUUUGAUUUCAUUUGAGGUUACCGAGGGUAGGAAAUUCCUCUUGUAGAUAAUAAAUUAGCCCUCUGAGGUCAUCCCUAAUCAGUGUUAGUGAGCAAUAAAAGAGCGAAUCCAGUUCCUAUCUUUAUUCUUUGUUUGUUACUGUCCUGUUGCAUCUGUUUCUUUAAUUUGGCUGAAUAGUAGUUUACGGUUUCUUAGGAUAUGAGGAAGAAUAUCGUAUUUACUUAGCUUCGCUCAACUAGCGAAUAAUCUAUCUUUGAAAUAUAAUGUGCGUUCUUCAAAAGGGUAUCUUACUGAUGUGAGCCACUUAACACCAAGUUAGCGUCAUGUAGUAUGCAAAGGCCGAAGACAUUGUAAAUAAUGCAAACGUUCCGAGUCAUUGAAUUGUAAAUAGUAAUCGAAGGCUCCUUAGAGCAAAAUUAUUCAGUUUAGUGUUGAGAACUUUAACCAUUUUUCAUCUUUUUCCAAUAUAUAGAAGCGUUUCCCGGGGCACUAAUAUGCGUAGAUAAUUAGUUAUUAAACAGAAUUCUGUUUUCAUCAAAUUCGAAGGAACGUAAAAUGCUGCAAGCCAUAAUCGACUCUUUUCCAAGUCCAGAUCGUAGUGUUCUUUUACUUCUCUAUUUCGACGUAAUUUCUCGUAAAUGUAAAGCUGUUAAAAAAGUCAUACAAUUUACCUUCUUCCUUACGAAUGAUGAACUAACUUGGAAAAAUAUUUACCUAUAACAAGCAGGAAAGAAGGCCUUACUUACCAUAUUUUUGAUAGUUGAACAACUAUUACUCUUGAUAGUGAUUGUUUGCGCUAGUUCAAGAAUAGUAUGUCUUAUUUCUCCCUUUUUUUAUUCGAAAGAUUUUUGAUGGAAGGUUUCAAAUUCCGCUUAUCGAAAGAUUUCACUAAAGUAUGAAGCUUCAACAUGUGCUUAUUGAUUCAUCUUUUAUCUAUUUAUCCAUCUGUUCGUUAUUCAUUUGAAAUCCUUAACUGUUUUUGUUCACAUUUUCUAUGUUUUUCUUAUUGUUUCCCCUUUUUUAGAAACGUCAGAACUUCAAAGGAAUAUGCAAGAGUUGGAGAGGAACCUCUCUGCAUUAAGAGAUUACUCGGUAGGAGUAAUUCUUAAUCAUUAGCAGUGGUCAGUUAAAAGCAAAAGUGCACUGAUGUGAAAUACAUGGGUACAUGUAUGUACAUAAUACUAAAGGCCUCAAAAAGACUUUUAACUCCCUGAUUAUUAGUAAUGAUACAUAAAUAUACAUAUACUAGACAGAGCUUUAAUAAUUCCCAUGGCGCCCAGGCUAGAGGCAUCGUUUUUGUGUUAACAACACUGUACUUUUUCUGCUUUAACUUCUUCAAUGUGGUGAUCUAAAUUUUAUUUCUAAUCCGAGAUUGUUGUGUGCCUGGGGGAGCCUGAUAAACAUUACUAUAGGUCAUCUUAAGUGUCAUUAUCACAGUCAUUAUCAGUGUUAUCCUAAUUUUUUGAACCACCUUUGGAAGAAUAGCAGGUGCGAACCCUAUCAUGCAAAUUGCACACUUAUAUAGCCAUCAUCAUCAUUAAAUCAUUACGACUAAGAAAUGAGAAGAGAAUAUUAUUCUACAAAGAAACUUGAUCAGGAAUAUUGAUUUGCAUUUUUUAUUGUUAUAGGUUUCACGGGAUGUAAAAGAACUGAAGAAAAACGUAAUUAAGCCAUUCAUAAUCAUAAUGAUCAUCUUAAUCUUAAUAAUAAUAAUAAUGAUAAUGAUUGUAAAUCAUCAAUAACGAUAAACCAUUUAUUAAAAAAAUGAUAUGAUGUUAAAUAGUUUCUCUUCUUUUCUUUUCUUUUCUUCCUUGUGUUAGGUCUCAGCAGAGUUGAAGGAGCUAGCGAUAGAGGCAAGUUUAAAUUCAACCAUUUCCAGUUCCAUCUAUAUUAGGAAAAAAAUUACUAUCAGUGCGCUUAGUUUAACAUGAGUUUCUUACUUUAUGGUAGAUGGAAAAAAAAAUGGAAAACAUGAAAAACGAGGUAAGUUUCGUUGUCUGAAUCUCUCACUGUUACAGUCCCUAUCAUCAUUAUGUUCAAAAGCAAAACGAGGACUACUCUACUUAUUUCACCAACUUUAGUAGGCCCACUAAUUCUCUAACACAAUAAUUUGGCCCGUUUUAUUUUUCAGGGCAAAAAUACAGAGCUAGAGGAUAUCCGUCUCGUAGUACAGGAUGCUGCCCAAAGUUUGACUGGUCUGAAUAAAAGCGUAAAUGAGAGGUUUCUGCAUUUUCAACAAAGAAUCGUGCAACUGGAUCAAAAGGUACAUAUACUUGAAUGUAUUUUUGGGUGCCAUUUCGUACCGAAUUUCGAAUCAACCUCUGACUGACCUUUCACUUUCACUUUCACUUCUAUUUUCACUUUCACUGUGACUGUGACUGUCACUAUUAUUGUUACUUUGACUGUCACUCUCACUUUCAUUUUCAUUGUCAUUGACACUGUCACUUUCAUUGUCAUUGACACUGUCAUUCUCAUUGUAAUUGCGGCAAUUGGCAUUGUCAUUACAAUUGUCAUCAUUUUCAUUGUUACCAUCAUGGUAAUGGUUACUGUGAAUAUCAUUGUUGUUGUUGCUUUUUUUUAAUUGAGUAGGUGAAAAAUACUACUGGCAGCACGAGCAUCAUGGGACCACCUGGAGUCAAUGGUUCUAAUGGGGACGUUGGACCUGUCGGACCCGCCGGACCUCCAGGAUAUAAUGGUACAAAGGGUGAUACUGGACUUCCCGGACCUGCUGGACCUGCCGGACCUGCCGGACCUGCCGGACCUCCUGGACCUCCGGGAUAUAAUGGUACUCAAGGCCCUGCAGGACCGUCUGGGCUACCUGGUGUUCAGGGUCUUCGUGGACCAUCUGGGGUAAAUGGUACCCAGGGUCCACCUGGACCCGGGGCCAGUUCCUGUGUUUUUAAGACUUUAAGAAGCACUGGUAUGGCAGCAAACUCGAUCGCCCAACAACAAACUACGGCGACAGAACAAAACGUAAGUUUAGUAAAAGGUUGUGAAGUUAAUUCUGUUUGAUUCUGUUUGAUGCGACGUCGUGUGUACACCCAUUGAAGAGGAGAGAAAUGUUUUGCUCAUCCACAUUUCGAACUCGUGACGUAGUUUAUCAUCAUCAUCAGUAUCAUAUUUAUUAUGUUCUUUUCCUGCCAGGGUAAAAUCUUUAUUGGCGUAAACUGUGAUACAAACGACGCGAAAGUUGCUAAAUUGACAAGCAGCAUCGCAGGUGGAAAAAGAACCUACAAAUGCUCUUGCGAAGGUACCCUAACAACUGGAGAAGCAACGAUGUAUUGCUACAUGCACUACUGGGAGUGUCAGUCAUAAGAGGAAAAACGGAAAGCCAUUAAAUGAACAGGACUCUUUGUAAAGAAGAUAAUACAGUGUUGAAUCAGAAACGAGACGAAGAAAAAAUUCAGUGGUUUAACGUUAAUUCUAUUUUUCAAAUAUGCCCAGUGAACUAGGUUUUCUUUUAGAGGGCAUUUCAGUUAAGUGUUGUAAAACCAAAAUCAAAGGAAAGUCAAAGGAGUAUAAGCAGGAGGAAGAGUAACAACAGGUUGCAAGCCCUAAGCGUGAGAAAACGCAAUAAACCAAGAUCGCGAUUGGAUUUACUUUUCAAUCUGGCUGAUUCAAAGUAUGGUGUGAGUUUCAGUUCUACACCAAUCAUAUUGCGAAGUAGGGCAAAACCAAAGCAAAGUAGCGUAUCUUUCCACACUCAGUUGGAAUCAAUCUUAUUUAGCGGCAUUGUGUUUACUUUACCUGAUGUCGAAGUAACAAUUCAAAAAGAUCCAAAGUUUAAUAGGCUGAGACUUUCCUGUCAUUCAUACUCAUUCAAAGGUGUACAUGAAUUAUUUAAUCAGAAACUCGGUUUUUUUUUCACCACCAACUUUCGCGCCCGUUCUUUUUGCCCUAGCUUUAUUUACCUUAUUACCACUCGGUCAAUACCGCAAACAAUUAUCUUGAGUCUUUUCUCGUACAAACUUUGUCCAUCUUUAAACAGGGGCGUAGCCAGGUUUUUU